UGCUGAAGCCACGCGGAUCCUCACUCACACUCACGCGCGGAGAGCAGCGGACGGCCGAGCUUUGUUCUGAGUGUUAUCCAGUUCAUUUGUUCAUUGGUGAGGAAAAAGCAGGUUAUUUGCAAAAAUGCCGCGUGUUUACGUGGGCAGACUGAGCUACCACGUCCGGGAGAAGGACAUUCAGCGCUUUUUCAGCGGCUACGGGAAGCUGCUGGAGAUCGAUCUGAAGAACGGGUACGGCUUUGUUGAAUUUGAGGACACCCGUGAUGCUGACGAUGCUGUGUACGAACUGAAUGGCAAAGAGCUCUGUGGUGAGCGUGUCCUAGUUGAGCAUGCAAGAGGACCACGGCGGGACAGAGAUGGAUAUGGUGGGGGUUAUGGGGGUGGUGGACGCAGUGGUAGUAGUGGUUACAGCAGCAGAAGCCGCUCUGGUCGAGAUAAGUAUGGACCACCCGUGCGCACAGAGUACCGGCUAAUUGUGGAAAAUUUGUCCAGUCGUUGCAGCUGGCAGGACCUUAAGGACUUUAUGCGGCAGGCUGGUGAGGUGACCUAUGCUGAUGCCCACAAAGAACGCCCCAACGAGGGAGUGAUUGAGUUCCGCAGUUACUCUGAUUUGAGAAGAGCAGUGGACAAGUUGGAUGGCACUGAUAUCAAUGGCAGAAAAAUUCGUCUUGUGGAGGACAAGCCUAAACGUCGCCGUUCUUACUCUGGUAGCAGAUCCAGGUCUCGUAGCAGGCGCCGCUCCCGUAGCAGAAGCCGGAGGAGCAGGAGCUCACGAAGCCGUUCAAGGUCUCGCUCUCGCUCUCGUUCAAAGUCUGGCCGCAAGUCCCGCUCCAGGUCUAGGAGAAAGUCCCACUCAAAGUCUCCUGCUAAGUCUCGGUCCAAGAAGUCCCGUUCUCGCUCUCGCACCCGAAAGUCUCGCAGUCGCUCAGCAAGUCACAAGUCACGCUCCCGUUCUGACAGCCGCAAGUCCCGAUCCAAGAGUCACUCGAAGCCCAAAUCUGAGCGAGGUUCUAGAAGCCGCUCAAAGGAGCAGUCUGUGAGCAAAAAGUCACGCAGCCGCUCAGCAUCACCGAUGGAAAACGGAAAUGGCGAGCGGCCGAAGUCUGCCUCACGCUCUCCUUCUCCCCAAGAGGAUCGUGACCGUUCCAAAUCACCUGCCAAACGUUCAGUGUCCCGUUCUCCUUCACGAUCAAAGUCCCGUUCUCGUUCUAGAUCUGCCUCACAGGACUAAAGGUCUCAUUCAUAAGCUAUUGGAGGGGCUGAGCUUGCAUUGAUGCCUGACUAGGUUUUUUUUUUUUUUUUUUUUUUUUUUUUUUUUUAAUUAAAUAAUAAUAGGCUUUGACUAUUUUCAGAGCACUUCACUGGUGCUUCAGAGUAGAUAAAACCACGUUUUCAACAGUGCAUGAAAACAAAGGAUUUGAUGAUGAAUUGUAAAUAUUAAAAAUGCAUAUUAGACAGUAAUACACCGGACCCCUCCUCCUCAGUUUCCCUUCUUUAUAAGGAUUUGCUUGAGCUAUUUUGAAUUGAAUAGCCUUCCUGUGCAAAUUGGUAAAUUUAAAAGGAUGGUCUUGCAAUGUUUCACUGAAAUGUAAGCAUUUCAUGUGGCUGGAAAAAAGCCUGACUGCAAAUGUCUUCAUUAGUCAUCUGUUAAGUAAACCUGGAGUAGCUUGGUUUAAGUAAUAGAAUGGCUUGACUCACUGUACAGUAAUUUUCCUUUUUUUUCUUCUUGUUAGUGCUUUUGGCAUUUUUGAGGAUUGAAGUUGUAGGAAUUUAUUCCAUGUAUGUCCUGUUUCAUUUUUAAAUUGAUUGAGUAAUCUGCAAUGUUUUAGUUAAAUAAACAUGGUUGAUUUUCUAUUGUA